CUCACUCACAACCAUGGAGGGGCAGAGGGCCGAAGGCAUGAAGGAUUCUGAAUCCAUCAAAAGGACGCCAACCACUCUCUUUCUACGAACUCCAUCUCUCUCCUCUGCCCCUCCAGUAUCUCCACCUCCCCCUUCUCUCUCCUCGCCCUACUCUGCUCUACUCACUCCCCCAACUGCCAGCCGAAUCCUACUAUCCCCUCCUCUCCGAGCUCCGCCAUUCCCCAAGCACAACAACUCCUUGCAGAGGCGGACGCAGUCGGUGACAUCAAUGCCCUGACUGCAGGCUGCCCUGCCCAUGCACUGGGCGCCUCUGCUCUCUCUCACUCUCAGACACGACGCAGUCACCGACUCACCGCCACCUCCGUUAACUCCCUUGCCUGGUCGCUUCCCGACGCAUACGUGCGCCCAUGCACGCAACCGCCGCAUACGUGCGCCUCCCUACUUGCCCCUGCCCUGCUCAUGUACUCACCACAAUCUUACGGGAUCCCCAAUCUUACACCUAGGAGGAGGCUACGACCUCAAGAAGCUCUGGGCUGUGGCGAGCUGCGAGCAUUGAGUCGAGGGGCACCGAGAAGAUGGCAAUGGUGCGGCCAUUCUUGGCGCCGCUGAUGAUAGCGGCGGUGUUUCUUCUUUCAUGUAUGGCGGCGGCGGCGGCAGACGACGGCGACGUAAUGCUGCAGGUGAAGAGCGCGUUCGUCGACGACCCCCAGGAGGUCUUGGCGAGCUGGAACGCCAGCGCGUCAGGGUUCUGUUCCUGGGGCGGCGUGGCGUGCGACGCGGCGGGGCUCAGGGUCGUGGGCCUCAACCUGUCCGGCGCCGGGCUGGCCGGGACGGUGCCCCGCGCGCUGGCGCGGCUCGACGCGCUGGAGGCGAUCGACCUGUCGUCGAACGCGCUCACGGGCCCCGUCCCGGCGGCGCUCGGCGGGCUGCCCAACCUCCAGGUGCUGCUGCUCUACUCCAACCAGCUCGCGGGCGUGCUACCGGCGUCGCUGGUGGCGCUCUCGGCGCUCCAGGUGCUCCGCCUCGGCGACAACCCGGGCCUGUCGGGCGCUAUCCCGGACGCGCUAGGCAGGCUCGCCAACCUCACCGUGCUCGGCCUCGCCUCCUGCAACCUCACCGGCCCGAUCCCAACGAGCCUCGGGCGGCUCGGCGCGCUCACGGCGCUAAAUCUGCAGCAGAACAAGCUGUCCGGGCCGAUACCGCGUGCCCUCUCCGGCCUGGCGAGCCUCCAGGUGCUCGCGCUCGCCGGCAACCAGCUCAGCGGCGCGAUACCGCCGGAGCUCGGGAGGAUCGCGGGGCUCCAGAAGCUCAACCUUGGGAAUAACUCGCUGGUGGGCGCCAUACCGCCGGAGCUCGGCGCGCUCGGCGAGCUCCAGUACCUCAACCUCAUGAACAACCGCCUCUCCGGCCUCGUCCCGCGCGCGCUCGCCGCGAUAUCGCGCGUGCGCACGAUCGACCUGUCCGGCAACAUGCUCUCCGGCGCGCUGCCCGCCGAGCUCGGCCGUCUGCCGGAGCUUACUUUCUUGGUGCUAUCCGACAACCAGCUCACCGGCAGCGUCCCCGGCGACCUGUGCGGCGGCGAUGGAGCGGAGGCUAGUAGCCUCGAGCACCUUAUGCUCUCCACGAACAACUUCACAGGGGAGAUACCGGAGGGGCUCUCGCGGUGCCGGGCGCUGACGCAGCUCGACCUCGCUAACAACAGCCUCUCCGGCGGUAUCCCCGCCGCGAUCGGCGAGCUCGGCAACCUGACGGACCUUCUGCUCAACAACAACAGCCUCUCUGGGGAGCUGCCGCCAGAGCUCUUCAACCUCGCCGAGCUCCAGACACUGGCAUUGUAUCACAACAAGCUCACCGGUCGGCUGCCGGACGCCAUCGGCCGCCUAGGUAACCUAGAGGUGCUGUACCUGUACGAGAACCAGUUCGCCGGCGAGAUACCGGCGUCCAUCGGCGACUGCGCGAGCUUGCAGCAGGUCGAUUUCUUCGGGAACCGGUUCAACGGGAGCAUACCAGCGUCCAUGGGGAACCUGUCGCAGCUGAUCUUCCUUGACCUCAGACAGAACGACUUGUCCGGCGUGAUCCCGCCGGAGCUGGGUGAGUGCCAGCAACUCGAAAUCUUUGAUUUGGCCGACAAUGCUCUGUCCGGGUCGAUUCCCGAGACGUUCGGGAAGCUCCGUUCGCUGGAGCAGUUCAUGUUGUACAACAACUCGCUGUCCGGCGCAAUACCGGACGGCAUGUUCGAGUGCCGGAACAUCACGAGGGUCAACAUCGCCCACAACCGCCUCAGCGGCAGCCUCGUGCCGCUCUGCGGCACGGCGAGGCUGCUGUCGUUUGACGCAACCAACAACUCCUUCGACGGCAGGAUCCCCGCGCAGCUUGGCCGGUCGUCUUCGCUCCAGCGCGUGCGCCUGGGAAGCAACAUGCUCUCCGGGCCGAUCCCGCCGUCGCUUGGCGGAAUCGCCACGCUGACCCUGCUGGAUGUGUCAAGCAACGAGCUCACCGGUGGCAUCCCAGCGGCGCUCGCUCAAUGCAGGCAGCUCAGCCUCAUCGUCCUGAGCCACAACCGCCUGUCAGGGGCGGUUCCGGGCUGGCUGGGCUCGCUGCCGCAGCUCGGCGAGCUGGCACUCUCCAACAACGAGUUCACCGGAGCAAUCCCGAUGCAGCUCAGCAACUGCUCCGAGCUCCUGAAGCUGUCCCUCGACAACAACCAGAUCAAUGGAACAGUGCCGCCUGAACUCGGCGGCUUGGUGUCCCUCAACGUACUGAAUCUCGCACACAACCAGCUCUCAGGUCCGAUUCCGACGACGGUCGCAAAGCUGAGCGGCCUCUAUGAGCUUAACCUGUCGCAGAAUUACCUGUCCGGCCCGAUCCCUCCGGAUAUCGGCAAGUUGCAAGACUUGCAGAGCCUGCUGGACUUGAGCAGCAACAAUCUCAGUGGCCACAUCCCUGCAUCGCUCGGCUCACUCCCCAAGUUGGAAAACCUGAACCUGUCCCACAACGCUCUGGUCGGCGCGGUGCCGUCCCAGCUCGCUGGAAUGAGUAGCUUGGUGCAGCUGGACCUGUCCAGCAACCAGCUGGAAGGGAAGCUGGGCACCGAGUUCGGCCGGUGGCCGCAGGCCGCAUUCGCUGACAAUACAGGGCUCUGCGGUAGCCCCUUGAGAGGUUGCAGCAGCAGAAACAGCCAUUCGGCGCUGCACGCGGCGACCAUCGCGUUGGUGUCUGCGGUGGUCACGCUGUUGAUUAUCCUCCUGAUCAUUGCGAUUGCGCUGAUGGUGGUGCGCCGCAGGGCCCGGGGUUCAGGCGAGGUGAACUGCACGGCGUUCUCGUCGUCGAGCUCGGGCAGCGCAAACCGGCAGCUCGUCGUCAAGGGCUCGGCGCGGCGGGAGUUCCGGUGGGAGGCGAUCAUGGAGGCCACGGCGAACCUGAGCGACCAGUUCGCCAUCGGGUCCGGCGGAUCAGGCACGGUGUACAGGGCGGAGCUGUCCACUGGCGAGACGGUUGCCGUGAAGAGGAUAGCGCACAUGGACAGCGACAUGCUGCUCCACGACAAGAGCUUCGCGCGGGAGGUCAAGAUCCUGGGCCGCGUCCGUCACCGGCACCUGGUCAAGCUGCUCGGCUUCGUCACGUCCCGCGAGUGCGGCGGCGGCGGCGGCAUGCUCGUGUACGAGUACAUGGAGAACGGCAGCCUCUACGACUGGCUGCACGGCGGCAGCGAUGGCCGGAAGAAGCGGACGCUCAGCUGGGAAGCGCGGCUCAUGGUUGCCGCCGGGCUGGCGCAGGGCGUGGAGUAUCUCCACCACGACUGUGUGCCCCGCAUCGUGCACCGGGACAUCAAGUCCAGCAAUGUGCUCCUCGACGGCGACAUGGAGGCGCACCUCGGCGACUUCGGCCUCGCCAAGGCCGUCGCCGAGAACCGGCAGGCCGCCUUCGAUAAAGACUGCACCGAGUCAGCUUCCUUCUUCGCCGGAUCAUACGGGUACAUCGCUCCAGAGUGUGCUUACUCCCUGAAGGCGACGGAGAGAAGCGACGUCUACAGCAUGGGCAUCGUGCUAAUGGAGCUCGUCACCGGGCUCUUGCCGACCGACAAAACCUUCGGCGGCGACAUGGACAUGGUGAGGUGGGUGCAGUCGAGGAUGGAUGCGCCGUUGCCAGCAAGGGAGCAGGUGUUCGAUCCUGCUCUGAAGCCGCUGGCGCCGCGUGAGGAGUCGUCGAUGACGGAGGUGCUGGAAGUGGCGCUCCGGUGCACAAGGGCGGCGCCGGGUGAGAGGCCGACCGCGCGGCAGGUCUCCGAUCUGCUGCUUCACGUUUCACUCGAUUACUGACGCGUCUGCGAGAUGAAUUAGACUUUGUUCGUUUGUGUCGGAUUGAUGGGUCAGAACGAUUCCUAACCGGAUUGUUUCUCUAAUUUAUAUAAACUUUGAUUAGCUAGAACGAUUUCGGGUGUAAUCCGACACAAACAAGACUUUAGGAUUUGAAAAGUGGGCUGGAUUGUCUUAGCAGCCGCUUUGACUGAGUCGUGCUUCAGCUAGCCUAUCUUUAAUUCAAGAAAUUAGGGCGAGCGGGGAAGAAUGCCCUCCAAAAUUGGAUCGCUUAAUUUCAAAUUUUGAGCUCCCUUGUACAAUCAUCAUUUGGAAAUGUCCAGCAACGAGGCAUACCAAAGCAUCAAUGAUUGAGAUCCUUUUGCUAA